AUGCCGGUUUUCGAUCAUUCCGGCCGCCCUGAGCAGAUUGGAGCGAGAAAACCAGAUGCUGUCAUCGGCCUUCGGCGAAGCGAUGGUGAUCGCAUUGACAAGCUGGUUUGUGAAUACCAAGAUCUUCAGUGCAAUAAAUUUGACGACGACCGAGGAAUCGCGUUUCCUUUUCUCGUCUUGGAAGCGAAGUCCGAGGUCGCUGGUCCAGGGUUCCAGUCGGUAGAGACUCAGACAGCAUUCCCAAUCCGAGCACUUAUCAACAUUCAAAAAUCGCUUGCUGAACAUGCCAGAAUGCACCGAGACCCGCUGCUUUGGUUUAUAGCAUUUAGCGGAGAGAUCUGGAAGAGAAUCACAGAGCUGUGGCAUGGUACAAUCCUACGGCAUGACUGUGCUCUCCAGCUCUAUCUGAUCAUCGACUUCAUAUACGACUGGGCUGUGGAGGUAUAUCGCAAAGACGUCUUUCAGUGCCUGGCAGCUGCACAGUCUGUGGCUUCUGAGGAUAGUCAUUCACUGAGUACAUUGCAGCAGGCCGAGCAGUUGCAUGAUGAUCAAAUUGAUCACCUGGUUGAUGAUACAAGUGCGACAUAUGCCAGCCAACCACACGGCUCAUGCCCAUCAACAGAUGGAACUUUGCCUUUGGAUGUGAUAUCUCAACCACGACAGUCAUCCAGUGACAUAGAGAUGACAGACUCCAUCCUCUUACAGAAUGACAUCACAGAAGACAGCAAUACCGACAACGGACCACGACAUUAUAGUGAGGCCGCAGUAAUCCGGAAUGCGGAUGAAGUCUUCUUCACAUUUCACCAUCUGAUUCUGCCGGAGGGUGAAGCAGACAUAAUAUCAAUCCUGACUUCAAUUCGACCAAACGAUAACGCUGACGAAACCGCCUAUAAUCUUCUACUUUUGUUCAAUGCUGAGAAUCCCAUCAUACUGAAUGAAGAAACCGUAUUUCAGAUGGAAGAGCAGUGGACGGGAUCAUCCCACCCAUCAAGCCGAGGAGAACGGGGCGCAAUCUUCGCUAUUAUCUCCUUUUCCACUUACUUCAGGCCAACGGAUUGGCAACUGAUGAGAGAUAUAUCCUGCAUCUCAGCCUCGAUAGGCGCUAUCAAUGCUCUGGGCAGCAUUGCGCUCGGGGGGUACGAUUCCGUCAUAGAUGGCUCCCAGGUCGACAUAUCGAAUCUGACUGGGGAUGUUGUGCGACCACUCAGUGCCAUAUUCGGCCAGCAGUCGACUGCAGCAGCAGCAAAGAACCUCUGUUUAUCCUUGGAGAAGAAUCCACUCGGCUUUGACUGGGUGGAAGCACCGCGAGAGGCCAAGUUCAUAGCAGAGGUGUGGAAGGGCCUGGACAGCAACACUCCAGACAUCCCCCUAGUCUCCAUAUUGUUUUACUCGAGUGUCUACAAGGUGGUCGAGGGCACAAUGUCCGUACCGGGCUUGCGAAGCAUAAGCCUCGUGAAUUUAGGCUCACAAACGCAGCGCGACGGCGCGUUGAUUCUGAAGAGGCCGAUUUCAUGGGAAUGGUACUCGCAAUGCCCGAAAUAUUGCCUUACAGUCUUUGACAGAUCUAACAUUCACAACAAUGUGGCCAUGGGACAUAAGCUUUCGCAAGUCCUGGCACAUGGCGGACUCUAUCUGAAUAGCGGACACAGGAUAGAGGACGAUGAUCGACGGGCCAUCGAAUCAUGGAUUGAAAAUUUGCUAGCAGAUGGACCCUCAGAUGGUGCAUGA